UGAUUGUUUGGCUCUUGGCUGCGAUGCUGGUCUCGUCCCGCCCGAUUUAAAAAUUACAAUUAAAAAAAUAACACAGUUAGUCCAAACUUGAAUCAAGUGGGAAGCAUGUUACCUUUCUUAAUAAGACGGCGUCGUGCUAUAAAUAGUAGCAUUGGUGUUGUGGUUUGGAGCUCAGUCUAAAGGAAGAAGAUGAAGAAGCCUUCCAAUUUGAGAACAUGGAAGGCAAUAUUCACACUCAUAAACUUUGGUAUAACAGUUGUGUAUGCUGCUGAUUUCGACCAACUCUUCCAGGCUAACUGGGCACCUCAUCACAUCCUUGUUCAAGGCGCCCAAAUUGCACUCUCCCUCGACUCUUCCACUGGCUGUGGAUUUGAAUCGAAGAAUAAGUACUUGUUCGGAAAAGCCAGUGCUCAGCUGAAACUAGUUGAAGGCGAUUCAGCUGGAACAGUCACUGCAUUUUAUAUGGCAUCAGAAGGGCCUAACCAUGAUGAGUUAGACUUUGAGUUUCUUGGAAAUGUUUCUGGAGAGCCGUACGUUAUGCAGACGAACUUGUACAUUAACGGCACCGGAAACCGGGAGCAGAGGCAUUAUCUAUGGUUUGAUCCCACCAUGGAUUUCCAUACCUACUCCUUUUUCUGGAACCGCCGAACAAUACUGUUCUUGGUGGAUGAUAUUCCCAUAAGAGAAUUUGCAAACAAGGAGAAAAAGGGAGUGGCAUACCCUAGAAGCCAAGCAAUGGGGGUGCAUGGAUCACUGUGGAAUGCUGACGACUGGGCUACACAAGGCGGGAGGGUAAAGACGAACUGGAGUCACUCCCCUUUCGUCGUCAAAUUCCAAUCCUUUGAAAUAGAUGCAUGCCAGCUUUCACCCGAUGGAGCAGACGAUCCAGUGGUGAAAUGUGGAAAAUCUGGUCAGUUUUGGUGGGAUAAACCAGUGGUGAAGGAGGUGAACAAGCAGAGGAAAAGGCUGUUGAAGUGGAUUCGUCAUAAUUUCUUGAUUUAUGAUUAUUGUCAAGAUGUUGCUCGUUUUAAUGACGGGAUGCCAAGAGAAUGCCUGCAAGGAUAGAUUAAGGGAUAACUACAAAGCCGUUGCGAUGAUUCACCAAUGAGUAAAAGUUGUUACGGGACAUUUUU